AUGGAAAAGCCUAAGCAGGUUUUAUUAGCCACCGCGUUAGUAAAUGCCGAGUCACAAACAGGUGAAUUUCAAGUUAUACGGGCGUUGCUUGAUCAAGGCUCUCAGGCGUGCUUUAUUACCGAAGCCACUGUGCAGCUUUUGAGAUUAAAAAAGAGAUCAAUUCAUGGCGUUAUUUCAGGAUUGGGAGAUAAUAAAUCAGUAACUACCAAAUAUGAGGUCAACUUUACAAUACAGUCGCGUUUUGAUCCUAUGCAUAAAAUACCUAUCAAGGCGUUCGUGUUAAAAAACAUCACUUCAUAUUUGCCUGAGAAGCACAUCAAGUCAAUCAAUUGGAUAGAUUUACAAUACUUACCGCUAGCGGAUCCUGGGUUCACUGCAUCAGGUAAGAUUGAUUUGCUGAUUAGUGCAGAAGUUUACAGCUACAUUCUGAAAGAAGGGUUAAUGAGAAGUCCAACGGGAUCGUUGAUCGCGCAGAACACCACAUUGGGGUGGAUCGUUUCAGGUGUAGUUGACACUGCCAAUGUAACUGAAGAAAAUAAUAACAAAUCUAAGGCCAUUUCAAGAAAUAUAACUGUCAUGCACGCACAAGUAAAUGAGGACGACAUUUUAAGGAAGUUUUGGGAAAUUGAAGAACAACUACCUGAUAAACGGACUAUCCUAACCGAAGAAGAACAACGCUGUGAGGACUUCUUUACAAGUACCACAGUGAGAACACCCGAAGGUCGUUACAUUGUGAGGUUACCAUUUCGUGAAGAUCAACCGCAAUGCACGAAUCACGGGUCUAGAGAUAUCGCAGAAGCUAGAUUUAGAUCUUUGGAAAAAAGAUUCGCAAAGGACAAACACCUAAAAGAAAAGUACACAGAAGUAAUAAAUGAAUAUCUAACUUUAGACCACAUGAGGCCAGCCAAUGAGAACAUAAAGGAAAAUGAAGCAACGUAUUUACCACACCACGCUGUUGUACGAGAUGAUAAAACGACAACAAAGGUUCGAGUGGUAUUUAAUGCCUCAGAGAAGAACAAGAAAGGCGUAUCAUUAAAUGAUACUCUUAUGAUUGGCCCCACCAUACAAGCGGACCUUCGCCAUACUGUGAUGCGAUGGAGAGAACACCCGAUUGCUUUAGUAGCGGACAUCGUCAAAAUGUAUCGCCAGGUUUUAGUAGCAGAGGAAGAUGUGAAGUACCAACGUAUCUUGUGGCGCGACGAACCUGAAAAACAAAUAAAGGAAUAUGAAUUACUGACAGUUACUUUUGGAACAGCAUCGGCGCCUUACCUUGCGGUCAGAGUGUUGCAGCAAAUCGCCAUGGACGAAGGCCAAGAAGUUCCUCAAGCUGCUGAAAGGAUUCUACAGAGCUUUUAUAUGGACGAUCUGAUGACUGGUUGUUCAAGCGCCGAAGAAGGUGUAGAGCUCUAUAAUCAGUUAAGCAAAAUAUUAGAAAAGGGCGGAUUUAAAUUACAAAAGUGGAACAGUAAUGAUAAAACGUUAGUUGAAACUAUCAAGGAGAUGGAAAGGGAAAGUGACGGGUUAGUGACGGAGGAGGUGAUAGAAGGAAUUAAGGACAGUAGUAAUACACAAGAAACAGAACUAAAGCUCAAAUUAGACCAAACAGUAAAAAUAUUAGGACUUACCUGGAACCGCGACGACGACUUCCUGCAGUACUCGGUGAUCCUUCCUCCAGCAACCGCACCUGUAACAAAAAGAACAAUUAUAGGAGAUAUAGCGAGACUGUUCGACCCACUAGGAUGGAUAGCGCCUACCAUCAUCAUAGCAAAGAUUUUUAUUCAGCGUUUAUGGAUUCCACGUUGGCUUGGUACUUGUCCAGAUGACGUCCAAGUCGAACUUCACGGGUUUUGCGAUGCGUCCAAGGCAGCCUACUCAGCAGUUAUCUAUUUAAGGACAAUCAACAUACAAGGACAAGUGAAUGUAUCACUUCUAACUGCCAAAACAAGAGUAGCGCCUAUCAAGCAAGUGAGCAUCCCAAAGCUGGAGCUAUGUGGAGCGGUUCUGUUGUCAAGAUUGAUAACUGAGACUGCUAAGGUUCUUAACAUUCCCAAGGACAAGGUUAAAGCUUGGACCGACUCCACCAUUGUUCUUGCAUGGUUGAAUGCUCACCCCAGUAAAUGGAAAACCUAUGUAGCCAACAGGACCUCGGAAAUUCUAACGAACAUGAACUCAUCGCAAUGGAGCCAUAUUUCUACGAAGCACAACCCUGCCGAUUUAGCUUCUCGAGGAGUUUUGCCGGUUCCUUUAGCUGAGAGUAGCCUAUGGUUCAAAGGGCCACAGAUAAUUCAAGAACAAAUAACUUACCCUAGAGCGACGGAUUUGAAGGGCACCCUUGAAGAAUCAGCCGGUAGAACUUAUGUGGCAACCAUCCCGGAUGAUACGAUUUUCAAAAGAUUUUCUUCACUGUCGAAAUUACUGAGAGUCGUAGCAUACUGUAGAAGGUUCAUAAGACGAACAAGAUCCACAUAUUUACGCAAGGAUGAAAUUGAUGAAGCUCUACAGUGCUGUAUUAGACAAGCUCAAAGAGAAUCAUUUCCAUCUGAAUAUGCUCAAUUGUUGGUUGGAAAUUCGGAACACAAGUUAAGUUCAUUGAGAUCACUAUGUCCAUAUUUAGACGACAACAAGAUCAUCAGAGUCACAGGUAGAUUGCAAAAAGCACAAGGAGAUGAGAACUUUAAGCAUCCAAUAAUUUUGCCAAAGAAUCACCAACUCACCAAGUUGAUAGUAGCUGACGCACAUGAAAGAACGUUGCACGGCGGUCCCCAGUUAAUGAUAAAUUAUCUGCGGUCUGCUUACUGGAUAAUUUCAGUCAGAACAAUUGUGAGACAGCACGUUCAUGCAUGUGUGAUCUGUGCUAAACAAAAGGCUCAGACCAAGGCUCAAUUUAUGGGCUCAUUGCCUUCAGUAAGAUGCACGCCAGCUAGACCAUUUCUUCACAGUGGUUUAGAUUAUGCUGGACCCAUCAAUAUAAGGACAUCCAAGGGUAGAGGUCAUCGCUCUUAUAAAGGAUACAUCUCAUUGUUUGUAUGCAUGAGUACGCGCGCUAUUCAUCUCGAGCUGGUGAGUGAUAUGACCUCUCAAGCUUUUCUUGCAGCGUUCAAGCGAUUCACUGCUCGUCGAGGACAUUGUACCGACAUUUGGAGCGAUAACGGUACGACGUUUGUAGGAGCAAGCAAAGAGUUGCAGCAAUUAAGUUCCAUCCAAGAACACAUUGUACAAAAUCUUGAAAUGAAUGGCACUACGUGGCAUUUCAUUCCCCCCCAUGCCCCCAAUUUCGGAGGUAUCUGGGAGGCUGGAGUGAAAUCUACUAAAUUUCACCUCAAACGCAUGGCGCUGUACGUUAUUAACUCGCGCAAGUGA